AUGUCCGAAAAAAUUAAUUUGGUCGCCUCACUAAUUAUUUUUUUCAUAGAUAUAUCACUAUGCAACCCACUUGCAAAAUCAGGCGAUGGGAGGCAAGGAAGAAUUAUAGGAGGCUCCUACUCCGCGAUUGACAAAUUCCCAUAUCAGGUGUCGAUUAUGUUAUAUGGGCAACAUUUUUGUGGAGGUUCUAUUAUUGAUACGAUGUGGAUCCUUACGGCGGCACAUUGCAUGGAAGAUCGGGUGCCAAGCGAAUUGUCUGUGCGAGCUGGAAGCUCGUAUAGUUACAAAGGUGGAGUGGUUCACAAAGUGUCACUUUUCUACACGCACCCUUCAUAUGAUACAUAUACCAUUGACUACGAUUUUGCGAUUAUGAAACUUUCGACACCUCUCAAAUACACGUCCAAAAUACAGCCGAUUACAUUGGCCCAGGCACGUGACCAAUUAUCGACUGGGACAUACCUAACUGUGGCUGGAUGGGGUACAACCGAGUCCAUGGAGGUGGAAGAUAUGCUAAAAUCAGUGAAAGUGCCGUACUUAUCUCUGAACGAAUGUUAUCAACUCUAUGGGAACCAGAUCACACCAAGAAUGUUUUGUGCUGGCUUAGUGUGGCAGGGCGGGAAAGACGCUUGUCAAGGAGAUUCAGGAGGCCCUAUUGUGUAUAAAGGUAUCCAAUACGGAGUAGUUUCUUGGGGAGCCGGUUGUGGCGAUGCCGGCAGUCCAGGUGUAUACUCCAGCGUUCCAAGCCAACGGCUUUGGAUCAAAAGCAUUACGGGGGUUUAA